AUGAAGGACGAAGGACUGCAGAAAAGCUUACUGGCAGAAAAAGAUCUAACAGUGCAAAAGGUUAUCGAACGUGCACUUUCGAAUGAGGCAGCAGCCAUCAGUGCUAUGGCUAUGAGGCACCCCAGCGAACCAGUUAAUGCUAUGAACGAGAAUCGUUUUCGUACACGAACAAAAAACGCCGUCAACAGAAACCAGCAGCUGUCACGCAAUGGUUGUGGUGGAUCACACCCUCGUUCAAUGGGGGAAAACUCACCUCGUCGUGAGAAUGUCAAUCAGAUCACGCCCUUGGUCAAUCAGAAGAAGUCGAUCUCAGUUACUAUUAAUAGCAGCACAUGUAUUUUUGAAGCCGAUUCUGGGUCGCCUGUAACCAUCAUGACGGAAUCUACGUUGAAUAUCAUCAUGUCCAACAGAAAGAUAGAUCUUUCCAAGUUGUUGGCUCUAAUCUUGUUGGUUGUAACUGGUCUCAGCAGCAAAGCCAUUCUGAAGAAAUGCGAUCACUUGUUCUCAACAGAUCUUGUUCGCUACACAGGACCAAAAGUGUCUUUGCAAAUCGAUUCGGCGUCUCCGCCCGUGAGACGGCUUUCACGCCGUAUACCCUUCGCCAUUAAGGGCCUCGUGGAAGAAGAAAUCGAUCGCUUAUGCUGUCAAGGCAUUCUGGAGCCUGUGGAAUACUCCGAUUGGGCAACGCCAAUAGUACCCGUGGUAAAAAGAGAUGGUUCCAUCCGUAUAUGCCGCGACUACAAGUCAACGCUGAGUAAGGCAAUUAAGCCACACUCUCAUCAAAUUCCAGCCGGUAGCACGCUUUUGGCUUCGAUUGAAGGUGGAUCGAUUUAUGCAAAAAUUGAUUUGGCACAGGCAUACCAACAGCUCGUGGCUGAUGAGCGUUCGUCACUCCUGCAAACCGUGUCAGCGCAUAAAGGCGGAUUCAAGGUAACCAGGCUGCAGUUUGGUAUCUCAUCAGUGUCCGGUAUAUUCCAAAGCUGCAUCGAAAACUGUUUGCAAAAUAUUCUUGGCGUCUUGCCGUACUUUGAUGACAUCGUGGUCAUGUUCACACAAGAACUUUCGCUGACGCGACACACGCGCAAGCGAUCAAUUGCAAUAUCCAAUGCUUGGGAAUUGCAAGGCCAGCAUAUUGGUCAACACGCGCAACCCAACGAUUGCGAAAUACCAGCAAGUGGUGGGAACUGCAACGUUGGCGAAUUAGCUUAG